AUGGUAACCACCAAGCGCAAGCUGUCUAACGUAGACAUCGACGCAGAGAACCCCAACGCCAAAAAGAGCAACCUUCUGGGAUAUGAUGCCCGCACGCCAUGGCUCUUCGACUCCAAACCGUCGCUAGGUCGGCGAACAGCCGGGAAUCCCGCGGUGCAGCAUACCCUUCCGCUGGCCAACAUGGUCUCCACAGUACAGGAUCUUAUUGACCCGGAUUUUGACCCUCUCAUCGCGAUCCUUGAUGACGAACCGCGUUUUCUAAAGCCACUUCCCAGUCGAAUAUCAUCGGAGGACCUGGAGUUUCUGAGAUUUCGAGGUGCACUUUCGAUUCCCGAGACCGGACUGCGGAAUGAGCUACUACGAUGCUAUAUUCAAUGGGUGCACAGUUUCAUGCCGGUUCUGAACCUGCAAGAGUUCCUGCGAUGCGUUGCAGAAAAUGACCCGGAAGGAAACAUUAGCCUCCUCUUGUUUCAGGCCGUGAUGUUUGUUGCCACGGCGUUUGUGGAUUUCAAACAUCUGCAAGAUGCUGGUUAUACGACACGAAAGAGUGCACGGAAUGCUUUCUAUGAACGAUUAAGGUUACUCUAUUCGCUAGACUGUGAAGAAGAUCGAAUCGCCAUCUUGCAGACGCUCCUCUUAAUGACAUAUUGGUCGGACCACGUCAACAACCCACAAAGAGACAUCUGGGAUUGGAUAGGAAUAUGCAACACGCAGGCCCACUCAAUAGGAUUGAACAGAGACCCCACCACAUCCGACAUGGACCCCAGAAUGAAACGGUUACGGGUCCGCCUGUGGUGGAGCUUGUACUGUCGAGACCGUCUUAUUGCCAUGGGGUUAAGGCGACCAACCCAGAUCAAUGAAGGAACCAGUAGCGUUCCGAUGUUGCGACUGGACGACUUUGACUUUGAACCGUUCCAUCCGUCCGUGAUUGAGAUAUUUCGCUGCCGUCAACUGGAGGAUGUGUCCCACCAGAAGCGUCUAGCGACUAUGUUCAUUGAAAAAGCUAAGCUUUGCCAGAGCAUUGGCCGGGUACUAUUCGCGCAAUACACAACUUCUCAAUGCCAGUUCGGUGUGACCAAUAGGACCACCAUUACGCUUGUCCCGCGGCAGGCCUCAGAAUCUGAGCUGGCUCGAUGCAGCCAAAGACUGGACUCGUGGCUCAGCGCCCUGCCGAAGGAUGCGCAAUACAUUCCCGCAUCCAAAACCAACUUCGAGGAUGGAGAAGACGUUCUUCUCCUUCAUGGCGCCAUGCUAAGAAUGCUCUAUCAUGCGACCAUAAGCGCGCUGUACAGGCCGUGGGCUUAUGGGCGGGAUCCGGACAAAUCGCGCCUUGAAAUAGCGCAAACUGCGCGAUCGAAGAUGCACGAUGCAGCUUUAGGUAUCACACACAUUAUACAGGGGCUCAAUCAGUUAAAUCUGACUCGGUUCCUCCCUCAGUCUGGUGUCACUGUGAUCAUACCAGCAGCCGUGGCGCACCUGUCAAAUAUCAUGUCCAACAACCCCACCGUCCGAGAAACCAGCCUUCACCACUUUCAGAGAUGCAUCCAGGUCCUUCGGGGACUGAGGGAUCUCUAUCCCGCCGCGGACAUGGAAGUCGCCAACAUUGAGGCAGCAGUCAAAGUGCAGUCCGAUAGUGUUGGCACUUUCCUCAAGAUUAUGGAAUACAGCAACGUUAGCAUCGACCAGCUGCAACCCCCAGGACCGCCAUUGCGCAGACAAAGCAUCGAUUCAAACAUGCAUACGGCUUUUUCACCAGAGGAUAGUUCGCCAGAUCGGCGAGGGUCCUUCGUGGGAGCAACGGGUGCGCAGCCUAAAGAGAACCGCACUGAGUCCUUACAGACGAACAGAGCUAGCAUUGCCACCUCAAUCUCCCGAUCGAACAACGAACCCGAACACACGAACCAUCAACAACAGCAACCUACCCCUACGAAUGAUUUCGACGACCACUUCAACAACUUCCCUUCCCCUCAAACAAUCAGCUCAUUCAUCCCUGCAGAUCUGCUGCGCAUUGACAUCGACUCCUUCCCCGAUUUUGCGUCUCCAGACCCGAAUAUCUCUUCCGUCCCGGAACUAGAUGUGGACUGGGCAGACGAACUUCUCGGAGGCGCAGAGCUAAACCCAGAGUAUCCCGAGACGGGCUCGGUAAGCCAUAGCCAUGGCGGUAUCACUGGCGAUUUGGACAGGGAUUUGGGUCUGGCUCUUGAUUCAUAUUAA